UUAAAAAAGACGUAACUGCCCAUCCACGAGGCCUCUCGAGUCUCCAAGCGGCCGGGAGGGGGCGAGAGAGAGGAGAGCCCAGCACACCAGCCAUGGAGGCGAGCAGCAGCCGGAGCCGGACCGGGAGCGCCGCCCUGAAGCGCCGCAGGGGUGUCGGUGCUAGCGCCGGCUCCGGUUCCACGGCACGGUCGCUGAACGACGACAUCCUCCGCUCCGUCUUCUCCCGCCUGGACGACCACUUCGACCUCGCCCGCUGCUCCGCCGUCUGCAACUCAUGGAACAGGAUAAUUGAAACAGCUCAUCUCAUGAGGGAUCUAUAUUACAAGAGCAAUCCACAAGCAAGAUGCUCAAGCUCUAACAUUUCAAUGAAAAGUUAUUUUGAGGAGCUUGCAAUGGAUGAUCAUGCAUCGUCUUUCUCUAGAGGACCUGCUGAAGUUUAUCAGUGGAUUGGUCACCCUAUGCGGGCUACGUUGUGCCGUAUGAAGAGUGGUUCUAUCUUAACUGGAGUUGGAGAUAAGAUUCUCCGACUUUGGUCUGCUGAAAGCUGCAGAUUCAUGAAUGAGUACAAUGUUCCAAACGCUAAAACAUUGGUCGACUUUGAUUUUGAUGAAAAUAAGAUUGUAGGUUUGACUAGCUCCCAGCUUUGCAUAUGGAGACGCAGUGAACCAAGAAGCAUAUUUCAAUCUGGUGGAGCCUCAUUCAAUCAUGGGUUAUGCAUGAGUUACGCUGAUCCAGAGGUUGUAAUUGGUUGUGAGGAUGGUCGAGCCUUUGUAUAUGAUAUGUACAGCAGGAGUUGCUCGGGCAUUUAUCGGCUUCACUCUUCUCCUGUGACAUGCUUGACAAUAACAGAUGACCAUCUGAUUGUUGGUGGUUCUACAUUUGGAAAUAUAGCUAUUGCAGAUCAAACCUCAGGACAGAACUUAGGUGUUCUGAAAUCAGCUUUUGCACCACUAGCAAUAAGAUGCUUAUCUUUCAACACAAAUUCACAGUUGAUAUUCGCUGGCUCAUCUCCUGGUUAUGCACAUUGCUGGGACUUAAGGACUCUGAGGCCUCUGUGGGAAACAAGAGUUAGCCCAAAUGUCAUCUACAGCGCACAUCACUUGCCAGGUGACACGGCAACACUGGCAGUUGGUGGCAUUGAUGGUGUGCUUCGAUUGAUAUGCCAAAGAACAGGUGAAACCAUUCGAAGUAUUGUCGUGGAUGCAGACCGCCCAGCAGAAUCCUCAUCAAGAGAUAGGCGGCUAAUCGAGAAGAAAUGCGUUCGCCAGGUUGCCCCAGAUGCCCGGCUGGACAACAUCCCUAGACGCUUGCGCCCUCAGAUCACCAGCCUGUCCGUCGGCAUGAAAAAAAUUGUGACCACACAUGGCGAGAACUACAUCAGGGUCUGGAAGUUUCGCCCAAAGAGUUCGUAAAACGGUCGCUAAGUGUAUGCUGGUUAUCUGUUAGCCCACUGUUUGUAACCUGUACUGUAUUUUUGCUCUAUGAAUAAGAUGGUGUGUCACAUGUAUCCUGUAAUUAAUCCUGAAAACAUAGCUUGAUUUGCUGUUCCUCUUAAGAUGUCUGAAUCAGCAAAGACUGGUCCAUGGAUCAAGAUUUAGUUUGAUAUCGUUGUAGAAAAGAUGUUUGUAAUUGGUUUUAUCAUAAAGUAACCUGGUUUUAUCAUAA